AUGAUAAUUUUAACUGCUUUGAUGAUGGUUCUGGGCAUCACCUGCGAAAGACCCAAGCAUAAAGAUUCGAUGAGCAACAUUCUGGUCAAGAUGAGGUUUCACUACAUGUUUGCUGUUUCCCCCCUUUUUUUGUUGCAUUUACAACCUAAAAUUACAUUUCAGUGAUAUUCCAGUCGGCUCCUGUGGUGGUGAUUCGUAUUUUUGGACUUGGAAUCAUGAAUGGAUUUCUGGAAGAGUGCGAUCGGUGGCAGGUAAACAAAUGUAUAUAUCCUCUAUUUUUCAAAUAGUGAAAUAGGUUUUUUUACUUAAUUUGAGAUCUUCCUCAAAAGUUUCCUGAGAGUAUAGUUUUUAAGAAUUAUCAAGCACACAAUUCGGAAUUUUUUUGGUACCUGAAAUAUCAAUUUAGGACACCUACAGUCAAAGAUAUGAUUUUUUAAAUUGCACAAAUUACCUUGUUAAGGUUUUUUCUUAAAAUUUCAUUAAGGUUCUUUAAGAAGAUAUAUUUAUUAGAAAUUUUAGGUACUUUAUUCUGAAUUUUUUUUCCUGCUAGGAAAAGUUUAGGGACCUCGAUAGGGGGACAAAUGUAGUCUCUUGUAGGGGACCCUCAACUCAAUCCCUAUCGGGGCCCUCUGAAUUAGGGGACUCUAUAGGGGUUGAUUAAAAGGGGCCUUAUUCUCUGAAGUUUUCUUCCUCAUAUUCGUCUCUUACUCUUGCAAACAACGUCCAUUAAAAAAAUUUACCCCAUAUAGGGGCCCCUUAAUUUUUCGCACUGCUGGUGCCCCUAUUUUUACUCCCCAUCUGGACUCCGAAAUGGCCAAAUCCCUAUCGGGGACUUUUCUCAGUGAAACAUGAAUUUAGGACAGGUGUCGAAAAAAGUUUUCACCGACUUUCGCGAUACGCAAAACUCGAAAUUUUCAAAAUAUUUCCAAAUUUCAAUCGUUAAGCUGACAAGAAAUAAAGUUCGUCUCUGAAUGACUCACUUCAAACAAUCACAACUUAUUUCAGAAAUUUGUUUUAUUCGACUGAUCUAAAUUUUAUAAAGUACUUUGAACCUCUGUGUUAGACAAGUAUAUAUUUUUGAGACGAAUGACCGUCGCUCCUAAAUUUUCAAAAAUCAUUAAUUCGUUAUAGUCGUUUUGACAUUGAGUUGAGUUUGAAAGGAUUUCUCACCGAUAACCUUUCAGGGUUUUUUCAAAAAAGUAGGUUUUUUUGAAUAGUAGGAGAUGUAAUUAGUUAAUCAACAAAAAAAUUCUGGAAUUGCUUUUUUUAUACCAACGUUUUUUUGAAAGGUUUCUUGUACAUGAUAUUCUAGUUUUACCUCUGAUUAAAUAAAUAUAAGGUGCUGCCAAAGCGGAGAAUUUGAUUUUGCUGAUGUAUUUAUUGUAUUUUAUGCUGGAUUAGAAAGCUAUUAUCAAAGCUUUAAAUUAGUUUUCCGCAGCAAGACAUCUUGAUAAACAGCCAGGCUCAUUUGCCGUUCUACAUUUCCUGAUCGGAUACUUCCGGUCCUUAUUUUUAUCCGUCGCAGUACUGUUACACAUAAUUUGAGUUCAAAUAGCUGUCGUAAUAAUUUCGCUUUCUCGACUGAUCUUGAAAAAUAAAACAAAACAAAGACACAACUUACUUAUGCGGAUUUUGAACGGCUGAAAAUAGUUCUUUCUUUUUUUUUCAAAGAAGUCUGUAACAUAACUUAAAAAAAAGGACAAGUAUAUUUUGAAAAAAAUUUAUGUCAAAGUUGAAGUAUCGAAAAGCGAUAUCCACUUCUUAAAAACCUGAAAGAAAUUAUGUCUCGUUGAAAACGUUUUUUUUUUUGAAAGGUUUGAACGAUUCGAUGAUAGUCUAUUCUCUCCGAAUUUUUUUUUUGCAGAACCCGAUCAACGCCACGGAUUACGAGGAGUAUAAAUGCAAAGUACUCAGAGGUGCGUUUUUCGCUCUUAAUAAAAUUUGCACAAUGAUGUUCAUUCCCAAUGAAAAAAAGAAUUCAUUUUUUUUUGUUGGCUCUGGCUGGGAAAAAAAAAAGAAUUCAUUGUUUUUUGUUGGCUCUGGCUGGGGCUGGGGCUUUUCGAACAUUUUCCGAAAUCCAACGCGAUUUUUGAGUGCACGGAAAAAUGUCGAACGGAAAGUGCGAAUGUGAACCCAGCUGGAAAGGUCCAAUCUGCAACGAAUACAAUGGCUGUCCAGAAGGUCACUCACUCUUCGGCUCGGUGUAUGUUAAAUUAAGAACUUCUUUAAAAAAAAAGAAAAGAUUUCAGAUGCACAGCCAACGUUUGCCAGCACAAUGGAGCAUUGGCUGUUGGGAAAAAGGAAAUUGAGUGCAUUUGUCCUGUAAGAGUUUUUCAAAUUUCAUGUUUUCCCUUCUAGUUUUUUUCUAGUUUUUCGCCGUUCAGCAAGUUUAAAAUCAAUUUUUCGAAGGUAAAAAUUGAAUUAUUAUUUUUUGUACUUGAAAUUACCAGGCAGAAACCAAAUGAUAAAACUGAUAAAAACCAUAAGAAACAGUAAAAAUAGUCUUUUCCGAUUUUUAUGGCUAGAGAACUUUCUAACGGCAGCGUAUCAAAAAAGUCCCUAAGGGAGGGUCCCAGUUUGCGUCUUUUAUAAGUCAGUUUUCUGUUUUCCUUUUUCAAUUCAACUAGAAAUUUUUUUUUCAAUUUUCGAAAUCACCUUGAACACGGCAUAAGCUUAGUGAACCGGUUUGUACAUUUUCGGAAACAGUUGAUGGAAAAUUUAACCGGUUCGCCGGAGUUGGUCAGUCGUUAAAAAUGUAUGUUAAAAUGUACGGGGCUGGAAUAAUUUUUUGGUGGUAUGAAAAAAACACCAGCGAAAAUUCAAACGGCGACUUUUCCGAUUUUUUCGUUUCGCUAGGGAACUUUCCGACGGCCACCUUUCCGACGAAACUUUUUACGACUUUUUUCCCUUAUGCUUUUCGGUUUAUAAAACAUCUAUGAACAUUUUUUUCCUAUUUCUUUGUGUUUUUAAUUAUGAACAAACUACCUACUUUAUAUAGGAAGAUGUAAAACGAAGAGUUUAUCGAGAAAAAAAAGUCGGAAAAAGAUUCGUCGGAAAGGUGGCCGUCGGAAAGUUCCCUAGCGAUAUGAAAAAAUCGGAAAAGUCGCCAUUUGAAUUUUCGCCGGUGUUUUUUUCAUACCACCAAUUUUUUAUUUUGAUUUAACGUAUCUUUCCGAAACGAUGCGUGUUUCAGGUCCCAUGGGACGGUCGGUACUGCGAACGGUUGGCUUGUUGGCGCAAAACCAAUCAUGGUGGGAAGAGGAAUAAAUGACUCGAAAAAAUCUUUACAUCGUUUCAGGCCAAGAAAAGCGGUAUCGGAACAAUGGAAACGAAUGCAUUUGUGGAAAUCACUUCACCGGCGAACAGUGUGACGUUGUCACAGCAUGUCUGAACGGAGGACAGCUCGACAUGGGAAAGUGGGAGAGAAAAAAAAACGCAAAAUCCAAUCCGAGAAUUGAGGUGCAAAUGUCCGGAUGGUUGGCACGGAGAGCUUUGCGAGAAAAAAUGCCCCAAGGGAAAAGUGACGUAAGAUAAUCUUUACCACAUAAACUCAUUUUCAAGUGAUUUCAGGUGUCAAUCGAGCAAUUUGUCUUUCCAAGUCGUCUUCUCCUUACUCUCACUUUAUUUGCUCCGUUUCCGAUAG